GCCAUUUCCUUUGUCGUCCUCGGUGUCGGUCUCGUACUUUAGUGUAAUUCUGUAAUUUUUCGKCUCCUUUAUUUUGUUUAGUGGAUCGCUGAAAUUGUUUUUCUCGUAUUUAUUAUUCACGCUCAAUUUCACACGUAUUGUGUUUUUAUUUAAGGUUUUUAUUUAAUCAUAACGUUAGCGUUAAUCACACCGUGAUCUCGAAAUUUUUACCCUCAGCCAACGACGACGAAGGCGAUCCGGUGUGUCGCGUGUAAUUAUAGAUACCAAAAGACAUCUCGUCAAAAAAUCCAAUAAACAAAACGCAUUUGGUUUUGGUAGCAUGCAAUUGAYCAGUUAUCAGUAGACAAUUUAUCAAACUUCAAGAAAGCUCCGACUGGAUCAACCUGGCUCCUCAACUUUUAAAAAGUGAACCAAAAAUAAAAUCCAACCGAAAAUGAUUCUAGUGAAACUGAUCGAAAAUGRCGACGGACUCWGGUCACCGCCUGAAUGGGCUGCCCUGGAAAUGCAAGGUGAGCUCGAAACCCGCAGGCACACACCGCUCGAACGCCAAUACGUCGGCGACUUGUUUGCGACCAUUCAGGAUGGCGUGCCCAUUUUGAUCAUUGGCCAUCACAUCCUGUACGGUAAAAUGCAGAAGUUCGAGAAGCCACUCGCAGUGAUGAAGAAGAAACCGGACGCCGAUGAGUACGUGGUCGAGGCAAUCGUCACCAAAAAGUUGUUGUUCAAGAACCGACCCAAGCCCAUCAUCGCAUGUAAUUCCGACGACCUUUGAACGUGUCCGGCCGCCCAGUCGGUUAAAAAAAAAAAAAACUUUGAAAUUAUAUAAUUCAUCGUUUAUACACAAUAAUUCUUUAUUACACUUAUAAUAUUAUGUAAUUUAUAUUUCCCUUGAUCGUACAAUAUACAUUCAUUUUCGAAUUA